GCGUCCGAGGCAGGCUAGCGCUGACGUCCUCUUCCGUUCUGCUGGCAGCCGCAGGAGCGAAGAUGAAGCUGCUUCUGCUGCUUGCCUUUCUGGGGGUCUUCUCUUCCAUCCACUGUGAGGAAGGGGCCAGGCUUCUGGCCUCCAAGGCUCUGCUGAACAGAUACGCAGUGGAGGGCCGAGAUCUCACUCUGCAGUACAACAUCUACAAUGUUGGUUCCAGCGCUGCCUUAGAAGUUGAAUUGUCGGACGAUUCCUUCCCUCCUGGAGAUUUUGGCAUCGUCUCCGGGAUGCUCAACGUGAAGUGGGACAGAAUCGCACCGUAUCCUUUAUCAAAGGGCCUUGAUCUGAUUGAUGGAAUUGUCGGCUUCACCAGUGCCCCAGGGCAAGGGGGGAUCCUGGCCCAGCGAGAAUUCGACAGGAGGUUUUCGCCACACUUCCUGGACUGGGCAGCCUUUGGCGUCAUGACGCUGCCCUCCAUCGGCAUCCCGUUGCUGCUGUGGUACUCGAGUAAGCGGAAGUACGACACCCCCAAGACCAAGAAGAAUUGAGGGCCCUUCGGACCGGACACUGUCCUUAUCCAGGGAGAUUGCCAGAAGCCGGAGAAGGAAGGGGCAGCUCAGCUCAUGGAGGGUCCUUCUUUGCCAAUUGAGAACUUUUCCCGGUUUGAAAAGGGGUGGGGGGUGGGGAAAGGCUGUUUUUCCUCUAAGACAGCUCCCCACCCGUGUCUUCUCCUUUUGAGACCCGCUUUCCUCGAUCAAAAAGGAUUAGGCAAGGAAGACGCUCUCGUCCCUGGGAGAGGAAACAUCGGACCAAUAAAAAGAUCACAAGCCGGAA